ACGCCAAGGCACAGUGCAUAACAUUGGACCAACGUCGUGACGACACGGGAUUACGUAUGCCUGACAGCUCAGCACAGCACAGCAGUAGAUCUGAUAGUCCGUCUCCACUGAAGCUCUAGCUGUAGCAGCCUGUCGUCUCCAGGAGAAGGAGACUUCAGGAAAUGUGCGGUGUCGAAUUUCCCCCGGCGAUAACAACCGAAGGCAAGACGCACCUGCAUUUAACCACCUGCUAUAGACCCUGACGCACCGGGAGCUGUGAUUUUUUUUUGCGCCGUAUUUUUUAUUUGGCAAGCGGGACGGGGGGAAUGUUAAACCCCGGGUCCCCGCGUCCAUCUCACCGUCCUUUCUAAAGGAGCGCUUCACAGGAUGAAAUCGAUGAGCAGAAGAAGGGUCGAGAUCCGACCGUGGGCCUGGCUUCUCACCGAACUUGUUUUCGUAACCAUCCUCGCCGUCGGCGCCACUGUGCCAGAAGGCCAAUGUCCGCGCAGCCUGGACUGCGCCCGUCUGGGUCGCCACUUCUGCCAGGAGGGCUCCAGCACCUGCGGUCCCUGUCUACCCCCCCUGCAGGAGGACAAGAGGGGUAAGUGUGUGGUGGUGAGGAGGACGCAGCACCACCACACACACACCCAGCACCAUGCCAACAAGGCCAAUAGCAACAACUUCCCUGAGCUGGAUGAAGAGAUCGACUUUCUCUCCUCUGUCAUCUCAAAGCAGCAGGAUUCAGACUCAGCAGCCUCCUCCUCUCAGGUCGACUCGAAAGCCAAGGCGGACCACAAUCUCGCCGCUGAGGCCUUCCCCUCGCCUCACCAGAGCCAGGCCCAGGUCCCCACAACCACAGAGCCACCACCAGCCCCAGCCCUAGAGCCCAGAGUGGGGAGCUCCAGAGCCGACAGCAGCGCCAGCGGCGGCGGUGUCACCACGGCCUUGCCCAACUCCACCGCCACCAAUGACACCACGUCAGCCUGGCACCUGCCAAACUCUACCAAUGACCAUACCUUCCUCAUUCUGACCACUGUGUGUCUCUUGGUGGGAGCGUCGGUUCUGGUCUUGGCCACUACUUUCUGGAUCAGGUUGCGCAGAGGAAUGCGUCUGGCGCAGAAAGUGGACUAUCCAGCCUUCGGAGUCCUGCCACCGCAACCACCAGACAACACUUCGUCUGGAGACAACAAGCUGGCCCACAGUGCCCAGAUGUACCACUACCAGCACCAGAAGCAGCAGAUGCUCUCCCUCAAGCACAGGGACGAGGCGAAGAUGCCAGAGUCUGGAGCCACUUCAGACGAAGAGAAUGAAGACGGCGACUUCACAGUCUACGAGUGCCCAGGACUGGCCCCGACGGGCGAGAUGGAGGUGAAGAAUCCUCUGUUUGAUGACUCCACACUGCACCUCAACCUCCAGCGAUGUGACGCGCCCCCCUAUGUCAACGGGCAUCGUCAUGGUGACGCACCACCCUAUGCCAAUGGCCAUGGCGGUGAUGCACCACCCUACGUCAACGGGCAUCGCCAUAGUGACGCGCCACCCUACGUCAACGGCUGCCACAGUCACCGCUAGCUAACUCCUCUUUCAUGUUUUGGACACUAUACACUAACAUGUGCGUUCCCUAACACACAAACUCGGACACAUACUACCAGGUUUUGUGUCUCUCCUUUCCUUUCUGUCUCUGUUUAGUUCUUUCUUUCUUUCUUUCCUUCACACACACACACACACACACACACACACACACACACACACACACACACACACACACACACACACACACACACACACACACACACACACACACACACACACACACACCUACUAGUACUGAUUGUAUCUUAUGUAAUGCUGCCCUUGUCCUCGUAAAAUCACCAAUCCACGACUCUCCAUCGUCUCGAUCACCCUUUGGAUUCAAAGAAAGAAGGAGGAGGAGAGAUGUAGAAGAGAAGAAAUGGAGAGAAUUGUGAGCCGCAAAGAAGGAGUGUGGACUCUUAAGAGAAUAAGAGAAGAGGGGGUGGGUUGGGGACGGCAAACAUUUCACAGAAACAGAAUGUAUGACAGCAAUGUGAGCGGACUGUAAAACACACACACACACACACACACACACACACACACACACACACA